GGCUGACUUCGCGAGACAAGUUUAUUGUUUACAUUUGUGUAAUUUACUUGAUUUAACCAAGUUUUAUACAUAAUAAUAAUUUUAUGACUUAAAAUAUUUACGCUGAUAUGUCGGAUAUCAAAGUUUGUAGAGUAUGUUUACGUACGCAGACUAAAUUAUACAAAUUGGAUGAAUUUCACCUAAAACAGUAUUAUGAAGAGGUUAUCGCUCAAAUGAUAAAAGAUGAUGGACUUCCCCGUUUCUUCUGCUAUGAAUGUGCCAUUCUACUACACAAAUACCAUAAGUUCAAAGAGAAAUGUCACCAUGGACGGCAAACACUUCAGGAAAUACUUUGGAAGGAAUCUAUUACAUUAAAAGCAAUAGCAAAAGUAGAUAGGCAGUACACUAACCUCACAUCCUCAAUAGAACUGAUAAAUAAAAAUAAAAGAGUCAAAACUUUCAUUAUACACCACAAAGAGGAUGAAGAUGAUGUACAGAAAGACGUACCAAGUCCAGAAAUGGUCAGUCUUGAAGAGUAUUUCGAUGUAAAUUCACCAGAAAGUGAUUAUGAUGACAAAAAAAAUUAUGAAGUUUUUGACAAUGAUGUAAUAGAAGAUAUAAAUGAUGAUAAUAAAGAAAAGAUAAUAAACCCAGAGAACAAAGCUGUUGAACAAGAACAUUUUGAAAUAAAGACUAUAGAUGAAGAGGCUAAGGUCUUAAUGGAGGAUUUAAUAGAACCCAUUGAAGAAAAACCAGAGGAGACAUUAAGCAAAAUUAAGUUAAAGAAUAAGACACCUAAAAGGAGAAGGAAAAGGGGUGAUACCAAAUCUAAAAAGAGGAGAGAGGGUAAAAAAUUAAAAGUGGAAGAGAAAUUUAGGCAAAGUUGGCAUAAGAAGCAAGAGCUAGACAGUAAACAUUGGCAGAAAUUCAGUUUGUCUGAAGAGGAAGCGAUAAAGGAGUUUAAGGCGAGAGCUCAAGAUCCAAAGUACAUUAAUGCAAUACACAGAUGCAUGGGGUGUUUGAAAGGUUUUUCAAAGGAGGACAUGAUGAAACGGCAUAUCAAAUUGAGGCAUUGUGAGUCGAAUGGCUCCCUGGAGUGCAAGUUCUGUCGCAUCAGGUUCAAGUGGAAGUCACUUCUCAGCAGACACAUAAAGGAGCAUUACAACAAAUACAAGUGCUUGAGAUGCGACCUCACGUUCUCAAGAGAAACAUCGGCGCAUCAUCACGACCAGUUCCACAACGGGGUGACGAGAACAUGUGAAUACUGCAACGAAAAGUUUACACAUUUAUCGACGUACUACACACACCUACGCAAGCACAGAUCCAAGCACCUGUGCGCGUUGUGCGGGGAAUCGUUUGUGAGCGAGUUCGGGCUCUACAUGCAUCGAAGGGUUAAACACAUUAUGGAUACGCAGGAGAGUCAAGACACCGCCGCCGCGCAGACGACGUACUGCGAACGGUGUGAUGUUAAAUUCGAGACCAACAAGGCUUACGAGGAACAUUUGAUUCAUUCCACUAUGCAUUCCGCAACAGAAGAAACGCCAACACUGAUGAACCUAAAAGGGGGAAUCGUCAUAAGAAGAGUUCCACGGAAGCAUACACAAUGUACCGUAUGCAACAAAAACUUCUCAACACUAACAGCGUACACCAAGCAUCAUCAGACCGAGCAUCCUGAUCAACCAUUGCCCAUGGUGAACAGUGCGAGGACGCCAGGGUCGGCGCCGGGGAACCUGCAGGGCCAGGGGAGGUAUAUUUGCGAGAUAUGCGGGGCUUUGUUGGCGCCGAAUAGUAUAUACAGCCACGUGAACACGCACACGCGAGAGAGACAGUACACGUGCACCACGUGCGGCAUGCAGUUCAACGCGAAGGGCACGCUGCAGCGACAUUACUUGACGCACACAGGGGAGAAGCCAGUGGAAUGUUCGUUAUGUGACAAAAGAUUUACUCAAGUGGCGAGCAUGAAGCUACACUACCGAACCAUACAUCUCAAAGAGCCUUACCCUAAAAGAACCAGAAAAAGAAAAGUGGAAGCUCCGGAAGAGACAUCGCUCAUAGCAGAACAUUAUAACAACAAGGAACCGUCCAACGAGAUGUCUUUAGGCAAAUUGCGAACGUUACGCUGGUGAAAUAUUUUGCAAAAGUCAAACACAUCACGCAUUUAUCCCCGAAGGGGUAUACAGAGGCGCAAUCAAGGCAUCAAGUUGUAGCCAAGUGUGUUCCGGCUUAUUAUGUGAUAGGGGGCGAGUCUAUCGCCAUAUCGGGCACGAAUUCCAGAUUCCGGGCUGAUACUGAGCAGAGAAACCUAAACAUCACUUUGCCCGGCCCAGGUCGAACCCAGGACCUCAGAGCGCUGCCGUACCGCGCAUGUAAUACAACUACGCCACCGAGACAGUCAAUAUAAUUAAGGCAUUUAGUAAUAGUCAAUAAAACUAAGGCUGGCGUCGAUUAGAGAAAAAUUGGAUCCCAUUUACUUUAUACGCGGAAGUCCGGCUCUGUUGUCAAUAAAUGUUUCGUAGUAAAUAUAUAGUAACGCGAAUAAAUGUAAUCCCGUUCGAUGGUCUCUUGGUAAAAAAAAACUUACAAUUUGUAACGAGCUGUGUAAAAUUACAGAAUUUUUACAUUCUGUAAAAUUUUGGAUAAAAUUUAUGAACUGUAAAAAGUUUUUAUGGAAUCUCGAAUUUCUUGAUUUUAAAGUUCAAAAAUGUUUUUUUUUUUUCAAUAUUUUUUAUGUUUAUUAUAUUGUUUUAGCUAAAAGCAGCCUAAAAAUAUGCUCUCUGUACCUAAAGUAGGAUACGAAACCUAGGACAUGAUGAUUAUUAACAUGAAUCCUAAAAAUACAUCUAGGAGAAAAUGACUGAAAUGAAAUCACAAGAAAAAUAUUUUUAAUGUAAAUCUUUAUUAUGCAGAAGCAGAUUGCACAAUACUAUUGUUAAACAUUCGUUUUGUAUUGGAAAAAAAAUAGAAUCGCCUUCAAUAUUAAAAUACAUCCUCUGUUCAUUUUUGUAUAUAAUUUAUUUAUUAUCAGUGUAUAAUGUCUACUUUUUAUAAUUUAUCAUUGCAAUAAUACUUCGUUUAACAUUUCAGUAUAAUUAUCGGGGUAUCAUUUUGAUACACACUUUGUAUGACACCCUGUAUACCCACGACACGAUUUUUACGUGUACGAUAAAUCGUACAGGAAAUCUUUGUUCCUAGUCACUAAUAAAAAGCGAAUCAGUAAUUCGGCUAAAGAAAUCUUCCUCCAAAGUGCAGUCGUAGUGAUGUGUGCAAUAAAAUUUGUUUAUUCUAAUUUUUUUGGUGGACAGGCACCUUAAUAUUAUUGGGUGAAUUUCUUAAAUAAGUUCGUGUAUAUGUACCUUAGUAGUUACUUUCAGAAAAUGCUGUCUAAUCUAGAAAUAGUAAUUUGAAGCUAUAUUACAAGUCUGAUUUAUAAUUCUAGGUCAAUGGAAAGAUGAAAAAAUUAGGUUACUUCAGCUAAGAUUUGACUGGUAAAUUAUUAAUAAUAUUAUGUUGAUUAAUCUUAAAAGUCUGAAGAAAAAAUAAUUGUUUGUCAAUUGUUUUUGUUAUUUUAAAAUAAGAACAGUGUAGUCAAAAUAUAAUAUUCAAAACAAAUGGUCCACAACGGUCGCCAGAAUUAUGUCGGCCAGACACAACACGGUAGCUUAGUCGAUACUGGAUUUUAUAAAAUUUUAGACAAAUAGGUGUUUUUCAGAAAUAAAAUCACUUUUACACCGACAACCGAUUUUAAUAAACGAUCGCAAUUGCUAUCUUUGGAUCGAUUGUCAAUGGACCAAUCAGAACAAAGUUUGUUUUAUAUGCUUAUUAAAACUUGUUUUGAUUGGUCUAUUCUAGGCCUUGAAGGACUUCAGACCAAUCAGAAUAUAGUGCAUGUCAUGCUUGCAUCAGACUGAUUGGUCAUGCUCGGAUUGAUCCGAAGAUAACGAUUGAUUGAUUUUUGCUGUCAUUGAAUAUUUGAAAGAGUUUAAUGCUCGAACCAGAUCUGUAUGAAAAUAAAGUUAUUCGUAUCACAUUUUAAAUAGCGUGUAAGUGUAGCAUUGUGUUGUGCAAGCUUUAUAUUGUAAAGAAGAUAAUAAAAUAUUCAUAUCUAUA